AGGAGUAGGCAGUGAUUAAUUCAUCCUCUGUGAGAGCUGGGCUUCUAUUUAAUGGGGGGUCUCUGCCCAGAAGGAGCUGGAGGCAGCUCUAGGAGCACAGGAGCAUGGCAGAGACUCUGAGGCCGGGCUUUGGGGAAACAGCCAGCGUGGAAAUGCUGCCAGAGGACGGCGGCUGCAGGCCCAAGGCCAGGGUUGGGCUGGCGUCCAGGAGGAGCAGCGCCCACUGGCCUCUGACCUGCUGCCUGCUGUUGAUCCCCAUCCUGGCCGCACUCACCACCUACCUGCUCGUCGGCCAGCUCCGGGCCCAAGGAGAGGCCUGUGAGCGCCAGACUCCAAAGGAACAGGAGAUUGGACCUUCACAUCAGCGAGCUUACGCACUUCCUGGAGCUGAGAGGGAGAAGCCAAGGGCACACCUGACAGUUGUGAGACAGACUCCCAUGCAGCCCUUGAAAAAUCAGUUCCCAGCUCUGCACUGGGAACAUGAACUUGGCUUGGCCUUCACCAAGAACCGGAUGAAUUACACCAACAAAUUCCUGGUGAUCCCAGAGUCGGGAGACUACUUUGUUUACUCCCAGGUGACAUUCCGAGGGACCACAUCCGAGUGUGCUGAAAUCAGCCAAGGAAGGAGACCCAACAAGCCAGACUCCAUCAUUGUGGUCAUCACCAAGGUAACAGACAGCUACCCCGAACCAACCCAGCUCCUAAUGGGGACCAAGUCAGUGUGUGAAAUAGGCAGCAACUGGUUCCAACCCAUCUACCUAGGGGCCAUGUUCUCCUUGAAUGAAGGGGACAAGCUGAUGGUGAAUGUCAGCGAUAUCUCUUUGGUGGAUUACACAAAAGAAGAUAAAACCUUCUUCGGAGCCUUCCUGCUAUAGUAGUAAGGUAGAUGUCAUUGCAUGGAGGUCCUCUGCUUCUUAGGUCCUAAUUUUCCUCACUUGUAAUUAUAACCAGGAGGCUUUGUUGGAGCACUGAUAGAGACAGUAGUUAAGUUAAGAAAUUUAGGGGCCAAAAAUUCAUGCUUUAUGUACCUGACUGAUGAGAAUACUAAUCAGAAAAAGGCAGAAGAGAGCAGACCUAUUAUCACAGCUGCUUGGAAGAGCGGUGAGCUUCUAAACAUUAAAACACUGAUCACCAAAUGAAUGGAACAUUUCCAUGCCUGGGUCCUAUGCAUUUGUCAAGAGAGGGCGCAGGUACUGUUCAAUUUUAUUAUGCAGCAUUUGCUUCAGUUCAGGAAACUUAAAAUCCAAAGCCCCAGAAACAGUCCAAACACUUCAGAGGCAAAAUCCUUCAUCAGUUCCCCCAAACCCAUACUUUAAUGCCUUACCGAAAAAGAAAAAAAAUGAAAAAAGAACUCAUAUUUCUUAUAAAUGUGCCUCAAGAAAAGGAAUUAACUUUCAAGCCAUCUAUGCCAAGUGAGAAAAACUACCCUUCUCUUUAUUAUGUACACAUGCAUCAAAACAAGUUGUGAGUUCCCAUGCAUUUUAAAAACACAACAGCACCCAUUCAGCACAGUGUUCUUGAGCACCUUUCAUGUGUGUGCUGAACCAAAACACGCUGUGAAGAGCGAGGCCGAUUCUACCCAAAUGUAGAUGAAUUCCUGGCUGCUGGUCAAAUACCGCUCAACAUAUUGCAAGGUCUAAUUCCAACUCCUAACAAAUAUCACCGGACACUGUUAAACAUGAGAUUUCUGGAGCUCUCCUUGCUAUGUAAGACAACCAGCUGAUUAGGCCAGUCAAGAAACCUGAAGACAAGAGUUCUGGCAAACAGACCAACCACAUAACAAAGUUGACUGAUCCCAUGGACUUAGUCCCUGGAGGGAAAAUGUCAAUCACCACAUCUGGAGAUGUUAACUGAGAUCUGCUUUGAGGUUGACUCACUUUAUAUGCAGAGUGUUUACAUGGGUACUUUGAAAAUAUUCAAAGGGAUUUAAAUGUGGAAUUGGCUCAUCAGCCCAGCCAAGGUGUCUUUCCUGAAGAAGAGGCAGAACACUGAGAAGGUCCUUCCUGUGCUUCUCUGAGUUCAUAUCCUCUGUGAUCCUCAGAUCUGCAUGAUUUUCCUGCACUCAUGUGCCAAAGGUUGGAGGGACAUUCUUGUUCUCUUAGCCUCUGUUGAUUUGCCUGUAAAGAAGGAAUCCACCGACUUGUUUCCCAGGAUCAAAUGAGCUCAUGGGGAUCAAACAGGUUAGCUUUGAGCAUUCUGUGAAGUCCAUGAGUGUGUCAGUGUGACUUGGGGAGUGUUCUCCAGCACCUUGGCCUUUGUUAUAAAUAUUCUCUAUUGUGAGAGACGUCACAGAUGGGUCUGAAAGCAAACUUGGCAAUGACAUCACUCUUAACUUGGGCUUCCCUGGUGGCUAAGCUGAUAAAGAAUCCACCUGCAAUGCAGGAGAUCUGGGUUUGAACCGUGGGUUGGUAAUAUCCCUUGGAGAGGGGAACAGCUACCCACUCCAGUGUUCUGGCCUGGAGAAUUCCAUGGACUGUUCCAUGGGGUCACAAAGAGUCAGAAACAACUGAGCAACUUUCACUUCACUUCACUCUUACUCUUGUUACCGCAGAGGCAGAGACGUGUAUGACGGGGUUCCUGAACACGAUGACUGGUGUAGCAGUACUUGAUCAACACUUGUUGAGCUCUAAGUAAAUAAAAAUUAAUUUCUGAUUUCUUAGUUGGGAGGUUAAGGCUCUGAAGCCCUCAGUUUCUCUAUAAACAGUCAGCAAAGGGCUCAGCAGGAGCAAAGAGUGGGGCGUGGUCCCUUCCACCUGGUUCCGAAGUGUCUUUACAAGGGAAGUGAAGCUUGAGUCCUGAAAGGAGGUGGGCGGGCAGCAGAUGGCCUGGGGAAAGGGCAUCUCAGUCAGAGGAAUUACCCUUUCCUUAAAGCAGAAAGGAAAGGUUUCUCAGUAACUACAAAACCAGCUUGAUUACAGAAUGUUCCCUCCACCAACUCCUAGAACAAUAGCUAUUUGCAAUUCAGGAAUGUUUUUAAUCAAUGACUCCAGCCUGGCUCCAGACUACAACUAACACCCUGUUAAGGAAAUAAAAUGCUCUGUCUGCAUCUGCACGUGAGCACCAAGCAACCUGGGAUGUGGAAAAGGAUUUUCACAGAGGGGCCCAGCGUGGCCUGCUCACUGUCCCCUCCUCUGAAAAGAACCCCUCACCAAGGGCCUUCAAACCUGCCCUCUGUUCCACAGGGAAUCUGAUGAAUUUGGAAGUAUAUCCGAAAAAUAGGAAUUUCCUACUCUCCUAAAAGACUUGAGGCUUUGAAAAAAUCCCCACCACAUAUUUGUUUUACUCUUGAUUAUUAAAGAUUGUAUUUUGCUUAAGUUUUCAUUGCUGAAAUGAAAUGUUAACUUCUUUGUUAACGCUGAAUUUGUUAAAUCCUCUUUGAUUUUCCUUUUACUGUUUAAGUAGGCCAAACAUUGCUAGUGGGACUCAAGUCAGAACUUCUGUUUCCUUGGCAUUAUUAUGAGUAAACGGGGUAUAUUCAAAGAUUUAGAAGGGGAAAAGGAACAUGUUUACACGCUUUAGAAAAUAGUUAAUUUAGGGAGAAAAUGUUUUACUGGUUCUAAGUCUCUGAGAAGGCUGAACUCAAAUCAAUUCCACAAACAUUUACUGAGUACCUACUUGCCCUGGGGAUACAAAGAUAAAUUAUUUUCUCUUUAGUUGUGUUCAUUUUAACUGCUUAGCGCUUCCAUUGUCUCUAGAUCUUUUAAUUUAUUUUGGUUGUAUUAGCUAAUUAAUUUGCUAGCUUUAGGCAUGUGGGUUAUUUUCUCAUCAUGAAAAUGGGUGCUGUUUGAUGAAGGAUAAUCAUUAACAAAAUGACUUGUGCUUACUCUAAGUGGUUUUUAAAAUAGCUAUUCAAGGACAGUUCUCCAUAAAUAAAAGGGAAGAAAACAAAGAUACUUUCUAUGGUAAAGUCCACUAGCUAAACCACAUAUAGAAAAAGGUUUUUAUUAUUUCCUGGACUAGAGAAGAUAAUUCAUCAACACCAAUGACACUAUUAGAACUUUAAGGAUAACUCAGAUGUUUUGAAAAGCCUGUGUUUCUCAGCCAGUACAGGAACCAUGAUCAAAAUGCAUGAGGUCACUGGCAUUUUGACCCUGGUUUAGAUCUAUUUGGCAGAACAAAAUUGCUUAAGCUACUAAACUUCCUAAAUUGUUUGGCUAAGGUACAGCAGGACAUGAAAAGGUCCACAUUCACAUCCUGAAAAGUGUCUGGUUCAGUUCAGUAACAGGGCAUGCCUGAGCCCUGGGCUCCACUUCAAUCAAAGCUACGCCACCCCAGAGGAAACAUCACCCCUGUGAUCGUCAGUAACCCUUCUGGACUGUAAAAGUUCAAGUAGCUCACUGCACAAGGCAUGUUUGUUGCCAAGUUUCUCUGGCAAGGUAUUUUCCCAAGUCCUUUCCCAGUCGUAUUUUCAUGAUUGUGACACUGGGGAUGAAUUCUUUAGGACAGGACUGUUUAUACACUGCACUUUGCGAAACACAUGCAGAAGUCACUUGCCUCAAGAUUUCUUGCUCUCCCAGGACCCAGAGCCCCGGAAGUAUUCUGCCAUUUUUAGAAGAAAUUUUUUAAAGGAUGCACCACUAUCCUGGAUAUUAAGAGCUAUUGCAUCCUGUUGGCAGCUGGGCCUGGGAAGAAUUCAGUGGACUAUUAACCCCUGAAUGCUUUUGCUCCAACAGUGAGAGAGUGAGGGUCAGAAUAGUCACAUCUAUGCCCUGCCCCACUCUUACAACCAUAUUUACAACUUUCCAAGCUCUGAUACACAUUUGCCCCCUGCCAUCCCUUCCUCCAUCAUCCCAUUUUAAGAAAAAAGUACCAUACCAGCCCAUUCGGAACUUAUUCAGGACCACACAAUGAGCUAAUGGCAGAUCUAGAGCUGGGAUACUAGCUUCCUGAAUCAUAAUCCUAGGCUCACCAAUUACCCUCUGCUCUUAUUAAUAGUAUUCCUCUUAAUAACUGGAGGAGAAAUUAGAGGAAGACAGGAGAAAUAUCAAGUAUCAAUGGGGUGGUGUAGAAAGGGGAAGAGAUUUCUUUCUUAUUUCCCUAGAGGAAAGAACUAGGGCUAAGAAGUUGAAGUUACAGGGUCACCAUGUCUGCCUUGAUAUCCAAAUAAACUUUCGAUCCCUGAAUAGAAUGUUCCCAGAUAGUGAUUGUUUAGUCCCAGAAGAUAUUCAAGUGAAGGACUCAUCUUAAGGCUUUUGUAGAAACCAUUCCUUCACUGAGGUGAGAAGAAGAACUGAGUCAAAGGAUUUCUGAGGUCUUUUCCAAAUCUUUGUGGCCAUUUUUAAAUUGAUUUAUGUGUGUUCUAUUUGAUUAUUGAGAACCUGGAAGGCCUUGUCAAGGGUUCAGGGCUUCUAGCCUAGAAGUGGUUGCCAUUUCCUACUUUCUCAGAGACUGUCCAAUACAAGUGACUCGGACAGCGUGACCAACAGAGCAUGUCAUGGGAUGUUAGAGAACUGCAGUGUUUGUUUGCUCCAAGUUAUAUCAUUUUAAGGAUGAAGGAACUCAGCCUCAGAAAGGUGAUGUGAAUAGCCCAUUGCCAGGCACUAACAAGUAGCAGUGUAAGGCUAGAAGGCAUAUCGCCUGACACCCAGACUGGUAAUCUUCCAUGUCAUCCAUGACUCAGUUACUUUCUGGAGCAUCUGUCACAUGACAGCACUAACCUAGAUGCUGGAGAGUCAAGACAACAAAGAAUAUGACGGGCGAGUCCCACUCUCACGUCGUGUGUGUUCAGGUGGAAGGAGACAAAUGAUGUUGAGUAACUAAAGAAGCGGGACUUCAUCAGAUGACUUUAUUUGUAAAGUCAUGAAAUAUGUAAUCUCCCCCCUUUUGUUUCAGGGGUGAAAAGAUUAAACAAAUGUAGGUAUUUAUCUGGUUUUAAUGAUAAGCCCCAUGUGCUUUGAUUGAUUUUAUGUUUUAUGUUAAAACAUCAUAAACCCAAGGUAAACUGCAUAUUGUAUGCUGUUGGAUAUGUUCACUAAUCCCAUGUCUUCUGGCACUACUGUAUGUAUUCAAUCACUGUGAAUGAUAUGUUGUACAUGUUAAAGUAUUUAAUAGAUGUAACUUAAUAAACUGGCAUUGAAAGCCACAGAAUUUUAAUAAUUAGACCAA